AUGCACUACAUCCGCUUCCUCUCGAUCCCCCGGAUCCAAGUCGAUCGCGGAACCGUCCUGCUCAAAGCUGUAUUGACCAUCACGACGGAUCUGGGAGAAACGUUCUACCCCGAGGAUUUGGAGCUGGUCGCUACGAUCCGGGACCCAGAGCACGAUGGUGACAUCUACCUCCGCCGACGCAUCCCCUGGAAAGGCUCCACCGGCGCCAGAAGCGUGCCGGUGAAGUUCGACAUGUCGCAUCAAGACGUCGAAUGGCCGGCCUGCAUGCACGUCUCCGUCGCCAACACCAAGACUUCCCUCUCCAAGCCCACCGGUUUCUUGCCACCGAUAGUGGACGUCUGGUCGUCCACCUUGAAUCCGACAAAAGGCCACAUGACAGCCUCCCACCGCGUGCAACGUCGCUUCACGUCCUCAGCAGAGCGGGACCUGGUGCUUGAGGAGGACGCGGGGGAUAGUAUUGCCCGGCAUUUGUGGGAUGGGAGUCAGGUGCUUGCGCAGCAUUUUGAUCAGAUCAUCUCGCUGCAGACGCCUUCUCCUUUACCGCUUUUGGAAUACGUGCUUGUCAGCGCAACCUACCGACGACUGCACGUGCUAGAACUAGGCUGCGGCUGCGGAACCGUCGGUCUCUCCCUCGCGCAAGCAGUCCCGGAUACCGACGUAGUCCUCACAGACCUCCCCGACGUGCGGGAGUUGGUCGAGUCCAACAUCUCCCGCCUCAACCCCGCCAUGGCCUCUCGCGCAACGUUCCAGGCCCUGGAUUGGGAAACCCUCCUGCCCCCGACCAUCACGAACCGCACGAACGAUCUUAUCAUAGUGUCGGAAUGCACAUACAACACCGAUACCCUGCUUCACUUAACCAACACCCUAGCAGCCCUGGUGACGCGUUCCCCCAAAGCGAUUAUAGUGGUGGCGACGAAGACGAGACAUGAGAGUGAGGCGCAGUUCUUCGCCCUCAUGGCCCAAGCGGGCCUGAUUGAGGACGGGAGGACGAGGGUGAGGUUGCCGGGAUUGGUGGGGACGGGGUAUGGGGACGGAGCGACAGAUGUGGGACUGCAUGUUUUUCACGGGAAGAGUCAUCGGGUUAGUUUGAGUCCGCGGGGGAGCGAGGAGGGUGUCAUGCAGGUGAGGCCUGGGAGCGCGAGGAGUGGGAGGCGGAAGAGGGGGGAGGGGAGGAGCGAGAGUGAAUGA